CUACUGCUGAAGAAAGGAGCCAAAGCUCGAGAGAAGACAGUUGUUUAAGAUUGAUCCUCCGCCCUGAGCAGACAGCCUCUCGCUCUCUCACAGGCUCGCUGCUGCUUUGAUCUUCCCUUAACAACAGUCACGUCAUAGGGGAGUUUUGUCAAGCGGAGCUGCAGCGAGAGUUUAAGAGGGUUCAGCAGAGGCAGCAAAGCAUCCACGGGACCAGUGUCCGAGACGAGAUCCAGUUUUCUUUCUUUUUGUCACCGCUAAACCUCGGGCACCGCUGAAGACAUGGAACACCAGUUGUUUUGCUGUGAAGUGGAUACCAUUAGAAGAGCUUACCAAGAUAGCAACCUGUUGAAUGACCGAGUUUUACAGACAAUGCUCAAAGCAGAGGAAAUCUAUCUUCCAUCGCCAAAUUAUUUCAAGUGUGUUCAGAAAGAAAUUGUACCUAAAAUGAGGAAAAUCGUCGCCACAUGGAUGCUCGAGGUCUGCGAAGAGCAGAAAUGCGAAGAGGAAGUCUUUCCGCUGGCUAUGAACUACCUGGACAGAUUUUUAUCUGUGGAGCCCACCAAAAAGACCAGAUUACAGCUGUUAGGAGCAACUUGUAUGUUUUUGGCCUCUAAAAUGAAAGAGACUGUGCCAUUAACAGCAGAGAAGUUGUGCAUAUACACGGACAACUACGUCCGUCCCAGCGAAUUAUUGGAAAUGGAACUGCUGGCGCUAAAUAAACUGAAGUGGGAUCUGGCCUCAGUGACACCACAUGAUUUCAUUGAACACUUCCUCGCCAAACUGCCUAUACAUCAGAGCUCCAAGCAGAUACUACGCAAGCACGCCCAGACGUUUGUGGCCCUCUGUGCAACAGAUGUCAACUUCAUCGCAAGCCCUCCAUCCAUGAUUGCGGCCGGCAGCGUUGCAGCAGCAGUGCAGGGGUUGUACCUCAAAAGCAGCGACAGUUGCCUCUCGUCCCAGAACCUCACCAACUUCCUCUCACAAGUCAUCAGAAGCGACCCUGACUGUCUGCGAUCGUGUCAGGAACAGAUCGAGUCCCUGCUGGAAUCUAGUCUCAGACAAGCUCAGCAGCACAACAUCUCCACAGAGACCAAAAGAGUGGAGGAGGACGUGGACAUCUCUUGCACUCCCACAGACGUCAGAGACAUUAAUAUCUGAACGGAUCGCUAUUCAUCUUGUGUGCGAUGAAUCUCUUCAUCUUUGUUUCUGUUGGGUAUGGGCUUUGGCCAAAGGCUUCAUGGGACAAAUGGAAAACGGGCUCACACCUGCACCCCACCAUCCGACCAAUACCUCGACAACUUGCCCCUCAGCGUGUCCUAACAGUUGACUGCUGAGCGGCAUCCCCUGUGGUUUUGACGAUUGGGCUAUCACUGGCCAGGACCACCAGUGGAGCACAGGGAAUGAAAGGAAAUCUCAAUUCUGUCCUUCGGCCCCCCUCUAUGUCCCAAGUCAAAAAUAAAACAAGCGAAAAA